UUACUAAAUUUCUCUCUCUUGGAUAAGCCUCACUCUGCUUUCAUACAAGCAAACCUCCCGUUCGUUUCACAUACCCACACUCUCACGGUCUCGCCUCGACCGUGCGCGCGCUCCAGCGGUAGCGAAGCAGGUUGAUCGACGACAGGGAGGAGGAGUCGGAGCGCAUGGCGAGCGUGAUCUUCGAGACAACCCACGAUGCCGCGGUGGUCGUCGGCGGGGACGACGUCGUGUUCUGCGUCGUCAUCCUGUGCCUGUCCGUGCUGUCCUUGGUCAUCUUCGCGGCCUCCUCUGCCCCCGCCGGCGGCGACGGGGAAGAGAAGCGGCGGCGGCGCUCCGGCUCCCGCGCGAACGGGCCGGUGUUCGUCGGCGGCUGGGGCUGCGCCUGCGGUGGCUGCCGCGCCGGCACCGGAGUCUGCGGCACCUACCUUUCCUGAUCACCAUGCAUAUACGAACUGAUAUAGUGAUAUACUUAUCCGGCAUGUAGCAUCAGGAACAGCUCGAUCGAUCGGAGCUUCGCAAGGCUGCUCUGCUAUGUUCUUCUUUUUCCCUCCUUCCUUUUCCUCUGCCUGUAUAUUACAGUACUACGGAUACUGGGAAUACCAGCCUAGCUGCACACCAUGUGAAUCAAUGGCGAGAACAUCGACUGUUUUAAUUUUACCUAUU